AUUUGCCAUUCCAUUAGCUGAUGACGAAUGUUCUUACUUCUUCGUUGGUAUCUAGGGUUUCAGAUAAUCGCUAAAUUAUCCGAUUGAUUACACUCGUUGCAGCAAUUUGCUGCACCAAAAAAAAUUGAAAUCCAUGAGGAACUCAAGGAAAAGAUCGCAAGACGAAGACUCCUCCUCUUCAUCAUCGUCUAAACUCGACCGACACAAAAUGGCCCAUCACCACCGAUAUCCCGAUUUUAAUUUUGGGGACUCCUACAAUCAAUUCACCCCGCAUCUCGAUUCCGGCCACCGUGUAUUUGGUAAGCGAACUAAUUCCGCUCCGUAUCAUGAAGCACCUUCUGUAGCCCCAAAGUUGAAAAUUUUGUGUGAUAUUGUUGCUAAAACCCCUGCUACGGCUGUGGAGAGUGUACUAGAAGAAUCUGGUGUUAGGGUUUGUCCGGAAGAUGUGGUGAAGGUGCUUAAAUUGAGUUACGAUUGCCCAGGGUCUGCGUUGAAAUUUUUCCGGUGGGCGAGUUUGCAGUUGAAUGAAAGGCAUAGUGCUCAAGCGUGGGAUUUGAUUGUUGAUUUGUUGGGGAGGAAUUGCUUGUUUGAAGCAAUGUGGGAUGCAAUUAAGUCCAUGAGGAAAGAAUUUUUGCUCUCCUUGGCUACUUUUAAGUCAGUAUUUGAUAAUUAUGUGGUUUCCGAUCGCGUGCAGGAUGCUAUUACGAGCUUUGAGGUCAUGGAUCAAUACGGCAUCCCAAGCGAUGUUGCAGCAUUGAACUGCUUGCUAUAUGCAAUCUGCAGUCAUGGAAAGACUCGACUGGCAGAGAAUUAUUUUCGGAUUGUUAAGGAGAGGGUCAGAGUUGAUGGUGAGACGUAUGCGAUACUACUUGAGGGUUGGGAGAGGGAAAGGGAAGUGGGCAGAGCGCGGUUUACUUUCUCUGAAAUGGUGAGUGAUAUUGGAUGGGAUAAGAGGAAUGCGCGUGCUUAUGAUUCGUUCCUGUGUACUCUGAUUGAGGGUCCUGAUGGAAUGCGUGAAGCGAUGAAGGAUUUUAAUGCGAUGACUGAAAGGGGAUGUUAUCCCGGGAUGAAGUUUUUCAAGUUUGCCAUUGAUGAAUCUGUUAGGAAGAGUGAUGUCAGAUCAGCGAAGGUAGUUUGGGAUGCGAUUGUGGGGAAGAACGUUUGUCUUCCAAACGCAGCAAUGUACAAAUCAUUGAUUUCAUUGUAUUGCAGUACAAGGGAGUUUGACGCAGCUGAGAAGUUAUUAGACGAGAUGGUUUAUUACCAAGCGUUUCCUGAUUCUGAGACCUACGGUGUACUGUUCCAUAGCUUGAUCGAGCACAAACGGCUCAGAGAGGCUAUUCCUGUGUUCAAGGAGAUGGUUAAAAACGAGUUUGUGCCUAUGCAUCAAGAUUGCUGUGCAGCAGUCAAGACGUACAUAGCUUCCGGGGAUCCCCAUAUGGGACUCAAGGUGUGGCGAUGUAUGAUUGAGAGUUACACUUUUGAUUUGGAUGAAACCGGUAACUUGUUGGUUGUGGGGCUUCGCGACAUGAACCGGCUUCCAGAAGCAGUGAAGUGUGCCGAGGAUAUGAUUGAAAGGGGGAUCAAGUUGAACUCGGCCACGCUUACGAAGUUAAAGCAAAGCCUUUCUAAAAUAGGGAAAACGUUUGCUUAUGAGGAACUAUUAUGUAAGUGGAAGAGUCACUAAGUUAUGCAAAGGUAUCACAGUUUUUGGUAUUAAUUGACAUUUUCAUUUGAUAUUUUCUGAUCUGAAAACUAUCAUGCUCACAGAUAUUCUGAAUUUUACUUGUGUGUCUUGGAUUAGUUGGAAAUGAUGUGAUUGUUUCAAA